AUGUACGACCUCGCUAUCGCAAUACAAUACCCCCAAUUGGUCAAACAGGUGUACAACUUUCCAAAGAUUCACAAUGCCCCCAUCAAGAUUGGAGGAAUCAAAGACAGUGUCAACAUCAAGGCAAUCAUUGAAUACUACAUCCCGUUUGCCAAUAAGGAUGGAGAAAAUCACAUGUUGAUGAUUGGAUUGACAGAGCAACUACCCAUCAACACACUCUUUGGAUUACCAUCCAGCAUAUCCAUUCUGUUUGUUUUAAGAAACUUCAAAACGGGGUUGAUUAUUUAUGUUGUGUAA